AUGUCUAAAGAAUGUAAAUUUUCUUUUAAACUUGAAAACUCACAAACAAUUAAACUAAAUACAAUGUCUUUGAAAAGAAUAUAUGUUAAAGAAGAAAUUUAUAAUGAAUCUUGUAAGGAGAUUAAAAAACUUAGAUUGGAUUUACAAGAACGAGAUAAAAAAUUGGAUGAUAAAAAGAAAAAGUAUCAAAGAAAAGAAGAAACUUUAUAUGAACUAGAUGUUUUAAAUAAAGUUAACGAAUCGGUUAGUACCGAUUUAGAAGUUUAUCAACAAGAAAAAGAAGAAGUUAUUUCUCAACAACAAGAGGAAGAAAAAAUUGUUUAUCAAGAAGAAGUUGUUUAUCAGGAAGUUGAAAAAGAGACUGACGAUGAAUUAGAUUAUGAUCCAGAUAAAGAAUGGUUAAAAUAUUUGGAAGAUUGA